GGGAGGGAGAGAGAGAGGAACCAAGCUCUGCUGAAAGCUGCUCCAGUAUUUUUGUACCUAGGCGUUGCAGCGCUGCCAUGAAUCUAUCUGUCUGUUAGAAGCAUAAGUCUCUCCGUCUGUCUCUCUGUCGCUCUCUCUCUCUCUGUCUCUCUCUCUGUCUGUCUCUGUCUAUUUCUGUCUCUGUCUCUCCCUCUCUGUCUCUCUGUCUCUCUGUCUGUGCCUGUCUCUCUCUCUCUCUCUCUGUCUCUCUCUGUCUGUCUCUGUCUGUUUCUGUCUCUGUCUCUCCCUCUCUGUCUCUCUGUCUGUGCCUGUCUCUCUCUCUCUUUCUCUCUCUGCCUCUCUCUGUCUGUCUCUGUCUGUUUCUGUCUCUGUCUCUUCCUCUCUUCCUCUCUGUCUGUGCCUGUCUCUCUGCUGUCUGUUUGCAUUUUAAUGCCUCCGUUACUCCUUGAUGCGUCCGGUGUGUUCCUACAUUCACCUUUCCCAGAGGGGGGGUGAUCUGCAGACCUUGGUGAAGACGGUGUUCAGGACGUGACUGGACCGCAGAGGAGGAGCAGUUCCCUGGGACAGACGCUGGGAGACAACACAGGAGGUGAUGUCAUCAUGAUGCUGCCGGUCUCCAAGUUCAAAGGUCAGCCCGUUGGCAUGGUUACCACCACCACAUCCCCUUGGCUGUCCUUCAGCUGUGACUCCACCCCCCACUGGCUCUGGUUGGCCACGCCCCCUCUGCUCUUCUACCGACAAGCUGUUUUCAUACCUGAACACACACACCUGAUACAGUGGGAACGUCCGGCUGUUGAAGUGGUUCCUCUCCUUCCUUUGUUCUAUCGCUCUUCACAUCUUCCUCCUCCUCACCUUCUUCACCCUGUCCCCACGCUAGCUGAAGGCUGGCUCUCUCCAGAGGAAGUGUUCCCGAGGACAGACAAGCCCCUCUUCCUAACCAAUCACAUCAUCCCGAGGCCAGAGAGACACGCCCCCAGAACUCGCCCUCUGCCGAGAUCACCUGACACAGGUCCAGUUAGAAGAGAUGUCACGAAGACCACAGACCCUGAACCACAUCGCUCCUUGUCCUCAUCCCUGCAGCUCCUCGCUGCAUCUCCUCUUCAGCUGCAGAUGCUCGCUGCUCUUCCAACAGGCGGAGCUUCCUGGAAGUGGGCGGAGUUUCACAGUCAGCGGAACAACCCGGCGUCACCGAUAGUUCUGACCAAUCGCUGGCAAAGAGGGACGUGGUCUCAGCCAAUCAUCUGCUUGGAGAGAGGUCUGUCGCCACCCACACAGCUAAGCAGAGAGAGGUUUCCAGUCUUACCUGUCCAGGUGAUGAAGGAAGUUCAUCCCUUCUUCUCUUCACGGUUUUCUUCCAGAUUCACUCUGCUGACAAAUUACAGAAACAAGAGGCGACGGACGAGUGGACGUAACGUGUCUUACAGUGGAGGAGCAUUUCUGCUGAGAACGGAGAGAUCAACGGACGACAACAAGCAGUGUAUUUCGGUAGAUGGACGGAGAAGAAGAGGAGGAGUGGAAGUGAAGAAAGGAAGGAAAGAUCAACGAACGGGUGCUCACACGUGCGGGGUCGCCAUGGUACCUGGUUUAAAGCAGCGAAGCUUGUUGCAUGAAUACCAGUGUGAACAGAUGGAGGAGAAGUAG